AUGGAUGAAUCAACCUCGGACCAACCGACACUGAAACGUUUUUCACGUUACAAUCAAUCGAUGCAUUCUCGACCGCCCUCUCAUAUGUGUGAUCUACAACCUGGCUCUUCUUAUCAACAACAGCAGCAACAGCCACAUACGUGUUCCAAAGU